AUGGAUGGCACUGUUGGCAGCACGCCGCCUGGCAUCAUGUACGUUCGCGCCCUGUACGACUAUGAAGCCGACGACAGGACCAGCUUGAGCUUUCACGAAGGCGACGUUAUCCAAGUCAUUACCCAGCUCGAAAGCGGCUGGUGGGACGGCGUUAUCAACGGCGUCCGCGGCUGGUUCCCCAGCAAUUACUGUCAAAUCAUCACCGGCCCUGAAGACCUGGUCGAACAGGGCCACAAUGGCCGUGUCGAACAUGGCGACGACGAAAACGAAGACGAUGUCUACGACGAGAGUUUUGAGCAUCCGGAUGAUGAGUCCGAAGGCGACGCGCCCGGUGCCUUGCCGCUCGAGGGAACCGACUCCGGUGACAAGUCGAGAGCCGACUUUUGGAUUCCCCAGGCGACUCCCGAUGGCCGACUCUUUUACUACAACAUGAUGACGGGUGAUCGCAGCAUGGAGUUGCCGCUGGAAUCCCCGGGCUCUAUAAACGAAACUGGGCCCAGAGAUCGCAUGAAUGCUUCCAUGCCUGACAAGACGCGCCCCCCUGCCGAGAUGAUGGCCAGGGGCCUUAAUCAAGACGAAGACGACGACUCAGCAGCGUCCGCUUCAGAAGCAGAGGGCGAUGGCAUGUUUGGCUCUCGCAGACCCAAUCGUCAACGGAUCUCGUUCGCUGGAGCCCUCUCACCAUCCAACUCUAUGGACUCCAUCAGCGGAGCCUCGCCAAAUCGGAGAAGAAGAAACGACAGCGCCGCCAACGGCUUCUCAAAUGGCCCUCACCAGCCGCCGAAUAUCGCCUCCGCCACUUCCUUUACCAGCACAACAUAUAACCUUCCUACCACGACUACCGUUCCGCGAUCUUUCUUUGAUGACGGGUCGACGCCCGCGCUCAGCUGGAGUCUGCUGGUCUCCAACAUGAAGCGCGCAAUUGACCGCUACCGAGACGCCAUUACCGCCAACAGUCGCUCGGAAUAUGUAGCUCGGGCCGAAGAUAUUUCAGAUCAUUUGCGACUGCUCCUUGCUGCAGGCUCUGGCACGACCGACAACCACUCUGGCCAGCCAUCCAUCAUUUCGACAAACAAGGCGCUCUACCCCCACUUUCGCGACAUGAUGUCCAAAUUUUCCAAGCUGGUCAUCUCGUCGCACAUUGCCGCAGCAGACUGGCCCAAUGCCGAAUCGGUCCAAAAAUGUCUCCAGGAAGCGGACGGCGUUCUCCUGGGCGUCUUUAGCUACGUCGAGGUCGCGCGACAACAGCGUGGCGAAGAGAUCCCGAGACUAUUUCCCGGUUUUGUCAUUGGCAGCACGGCAGGUGGAAGCUGGCAAAACAACGGUCUGGGCCCUCGCGACCCCAUAACGUCAAACUUCCUAGAGGACGAUGAAGGUGCUGUCGAACCGACUGCCGUCCUGGACGGCAGAUUGCUUGAGCGGUUGGACGAAAUGAAGCGUAUGCUUAUAUCAAGUCUGCGUGAGCUCGACAAGACGCUCGGUAAACCCGAGAAUAUCGUCACGCCGUAUCGACACGAGGUCAUUAGCAACAACGUCUGUCUGGCAGGAGGCAAGGUUGUCGAAAUCUUCCGACCCUGGAUCGCCACCGUUGAGUCUGCCGAUCUCUCCUCCUUAGGCGACAGUUUCCAAACGCCUGAGCUCGCCGAGUUUAGCACCUCCAAGCAGAGCUUGUACGACAACAUUGCGGACUUGCUGUUAUCUUGCCAGGCACUCGCCGGCCCCUUGGCCGACGAGUGGUCAGAGGUUCGAGGAGAAGCACUGGAAAACAGGCUUGAAUACGUGCAAACAUGCGCCAGGGCACUCGAGACCAACUCGGCCCACGUUGGCUACUCGCUACAGCUGCUGUCAGAGCAGGUACAGUCGAAUCUGCAAUUCCAGCCGCUCAAGAAGCAGGAAUCGCGGUCGCGGGAUCCAGCACCCCGCACACAGCUGCAGCGCGGUGAAUCAAUGCCGUAUGAGCGCCCGCAUCAGCGAUCUGAGUCGAGAACGGCGCCUGCCCGACCCCCGCUCAUAACUACCCAGUCUUUCAGCGAGGGCGAACCGCCGCCUGGCGCUCUGCGAAAGGGAGACUAUUCCAAAGUCAAAAAGAUUUUCGGCGAAGACCCUUCACCUCAGACCAUGCAGGCAGAUGACACGCCAGACUUUUUACGCCUCGACCACGAAAACGAUGUUUCAUGGGAUACAAAGUCUCCUCAACCCGCUGUCAGGGGUGGCUCUCUACUGGCGCUUGUUGAACAGCUUACAAGACACGACAAGCUCGACUCAUCUUUUAACAACACCUUUCUGCUCACAUACAAGUCUUUCACGUCGGCUCGAGAGCUGUUUGAAUUGCUAGUGAAACGUUUCGCGAUUCAACCACCUGAAGGUCUCUCGCAACCGGAUUUCGAGACUUGGCGCGACAGAAAGCAAAAGCUUAUUCGAUUUCGCGUGGUCAAUAUUCUAAAGAGUUGGUUUGACAGCUUCUGGAUGGAAGAGUACAACGAUGAGUCUAAGCAGUUGAUCCGAGAUGUAUACGAUUUCGCAAGAGAUACAGUCAAAUCAACAGAAACCCCAGGUUCUGGGCCGCUGAUGGCUGUGCUUGAUCAGAGACUGAGCGGCAAGGACGCAAACGCGAGGCGCAUGAUCCAGACUCUGAAUCAGAGCACGCCUUCACCGAUUAUGCCUAAGAACAUGAAGAAGCUGAAAUUCUUAGACAUUGAUGUGGUUGAGUUCGCUCGUCAGCUCACCAUCAUCGAGUCGAGACUCUACGGCAAGAUCAAGGCAACCGAGUGUUUAAACAAGACGUGGCAGAAAAAGGUUGGCGAGGGUGAAGCUGAGCCUGCCCCGAACGUCAAGGCACUGAUUCUGCACUCCAAUUCAAUGACCAAUUGGGUGGCGGAAAUGAUCCUGGCGCAAAUGGACGUCAAGAAGCGAGUCGUGGUGAUUAAGCACUUUGUCUCGGUAGCUGACAAAUGCCGAACACUGAACAACUUUUCUAAUAUGACGUCAAUCAUCUCGGCGCUUAGCACGGCGCCGAUUGCGCGUCUGAAGCGAACGUGGGACCAGGUGCCGCAGCGGACGCAGAUGGUGCUGGAGACGAUGCGUAAGCUGAUGGCGAGCACGAAAAACUUUGGCGAGUAUCGCGAGGCGCUGCACGCGGCGAACCCGCCGUGCAUUCCGUUUUUCGGGGUAUACUUGACCGAUUUGACAUUUAUCGAAGACGGCAUCCCGUCGAUUAUCAAGAAGACGAACUUGAUUAACUUUGCGAAGCGAGCCAAGACGGCCGAAGUGAUUCGCGACAUUCAGCAGUACCAAAACGUGGGGUACUCGCUGCAGCCAGUGCCUGAGCUACAGGACUACGUCAUCAGCAACCUGCAAGCGGCGGGCGAUGUCCACGAAAUGUACGACAAGAGUCUGCAGGUCGAGCCGCGCGAGCGUGAGGAUGAGAAAAUCGUGAGAGUGCUGGCUGAGUCUGGAUUCCUAUGA